UCGUUUUUUUCCCUACUAGUAUUUCUUGCUCAUCUUUUUCUUUUUCUGUCACUCUCUCGGGAAAAAAAAUGCCUAAUGGGGUAGGAAAGUGCCAGAAAAUCAGUCACAUUGUUCGAAUCCGACACAUGCUGAAGAAAUGGCGAAGGAAGGCCCGCAUGACGGCCAACAGCAACCUCAACAGAAAAGGACAGGAGCCGUUCGAUGUACCAGCAGGACACGUGGUUGUCUGCGUUGGGACCGGUCUCAGGAGAUAUCUGGUACGAGCGACGUACCUGAACCACCCAAUCUUCAAGAAACUCCUCGUACAAGCCGAAGAAGAAUACGGUUUCAACAACGUCGGACCGUUGACCAUCCCAUGCUCCGAGUCGUUCUUCGAAGAGAUUCUCCGACUCGUGUCCCGUUCCGACUCAUCAUCAUCGAACUCGGGUCGUUCGAGUUUCUCCACUUUCGAGGAUUUUCAGAGGCGCUGCCGCCUUGGCUUGAAAAAUAAACGCGAAAGUUUCAGCGGACCUCGACCGGUGUUUCAUCCGGUUGCAGAUAGAUCAGUCUACUAAAAGGAUAAUAAUACUUCUGGGUUGAAACAACUGAGUCACCCGAGUUGCAAGAAUUAACAGCCAUGAUUUAAAAUUUAGUUUGGUAGUUUAUUUAAUUGUAAUAUAUUAUC